AUGGCGACUGUUCAGGACCAAAACAGCGCUGUUCCAAACUUGAAGAAUUUAAACUCUGGCAACUUUGGUAAAUUGUCAAAACAACAAAAUGAGAUACUACAGGGUCUUGUCAACCCGCACAUACAGUCGUUCAACUUUAUGCUGGAAGAAGGGCUUUCCCUAGCAGCUCAGGCCAUACAUCCUCAAGAGUUCUUGCUUGCAGAUGGACAAAGAGCCACGAUAUACUUCACCGAUGCUUCAGUUGGAGUUCCUACAGUAUCAGAAAACAACUUGCAUGCAUCACAGAUGAAGUUGUUUCCUUCUGAGUGCAGGGAGCGUGGGAUCACAUACAAAGCAAAACUACAGGUCACUCUGCAAUGGAAAAUUAAUAACAAGCUGCAAGGAAGUGUUUCCAAGGUUAUAGCCAGUAUACCUAUGAUGGUCAAGUCUAAAAACUGUUCCUUAGCAAAGCUUUCACCUCAGGAAUUGGUUCACAAGCAUGAGGAAGCAGAGGAAGCUGGAGGUUAUUUCAUUGUCAAUGGACUUGAAAAACUUGUAAGAAUGCUCAUCCUCCCCAGAAGAAACUUUCCAUUAGCUGUUCAAAGACCAACAUGGAAAGGAAAGGGUGCUAUGUACACAGAAUAUGGUGUCCAGAUGAGAUCAGUCAGGAAGGACCACUCAGCUGCGAGUAUGAUUCUUCAUUAUCUGUCUGAUGGAAGUAUAAUGGUAGCCAUUACCCUUGAAAAAGAAGUAUUCUAUGUUCCACUGGUUUUCAUUCUCAAAGCCUUGGUUAAAACAACAGAUCAACAAAUCUACCAUCAUCUCGUGGCAGGAGAGGAAGAGAACAGCUUCCUUAAAGACUGCAUAGCCACAAUGCUCAGAUCAGCCCAAUCAGAGGGAGCUACUACCCAACAAAAGAUACUCAAAUUUAUUGGUGAAAGAUUCAGAAUCGCAAGAAGGUUUCCAGACUGGUACUCUGAUGAAGCUGUAGCUCAAUAUGUUCUCCAAAACUGUGUUUGUGUUCACCUGAAUGGAGAUGUAGAUAAGUUUAAUUUAUUGAUUUUCAUGGCAAGAAAGCUGUAUGCAUUUGCUUUUGAAAAGUGUGCAAAAGAAACUUCAGAUAAUCCAAUGAUGCAAGAAGUACUUCUCGGUGGACAUUUGUAUCUUAUGAUCUUAAAGGAAAAGCUAGAGAGCUGGCUGUAUAAUGUGCGGUUUACUAUUGAAAAGGAUAUGACAAAGAAACAAAGUUAUAGUUUGAAUACAGCUAGUUUAUUACAGGCAAUGUCACGCAGCACAAACAUCUCACACCAAAUGGAAUACUUCCUUGCUACUGGUAAUCUAGUGUCAAGAACAGGCCUUGCUGUCAUGCAGUCAUCAGGAUUUACAGUGGUGGCUGAGCGACUCAAUUUCUACAGGUUUCUGUCUCAUUUCCGUUGUGUCCACCGAGGUGCCUUCUUUGCUCAGAUGAGAACAACAUCAGUGAGGAAGUUAUUACCAGAAGCCUGGGGGUUUCUAUGUCCAGUUCAUACUCCUGAUGGGGCACCAUGUGGUCUUUUGAACCAUUUGGCCGCAUCAUGUCAGGUCGUGAAUGAUGUUCCACAGACUUCCCACCUUCCCAGGCUGUUAUGUUCAUUGGGUAUGACACUGAUUGAUGCCCCUGCAACUGCUGAUAUGAAGUCUUGUUACAUGGUUGUGUUAGACGGCAGGGUGAUUGGUAGAGUUGAUAUGGAUCUUGCACCAUCACUUGCCAACAGACUGCGCAUGUUAAAAGUACUUGGACAAGAGGAGAUUCCUCAGAUGUUGGAGAUUUGUCUUGUGCCCAUUACAAAAGCAGCAAGCCAAUAUCCAGGCCUGUAUAUCUUCUCCACCCCAGCUCGCUUUAUGAGGCCUGUCCUUAACCUGGCCGCAAAUAAAGUGGAAAUGAUUGGAACUUUUGAACAGGUGUAUAUGAAUAUUGCGGUUGUUAGAGAAGAAGCAUAUGAGGUGGAAACCACGCAUCUUGAACUGAAACCAGGCAGCAUGUUGAGUGCUAUUGCGAGUUUAACACCGUUUUCUGAUUUCAACCAAAGCCCCCGUAACAUGUACCAAUGUCAGAUGGGGAAGCAAACAAUGGGAACACCAGUGCAAGCAUUGAAGUAUCGAAGUGAUAACAAACUAUACAGGAUACAGACUCCACAGAGUCCUUUGGUGAGGCCAGUUGCUCAUGAGGAGUUAUCUAUCGACAACUACGCCCUUGGAACAAAUGCUGUGGUGGCUGUUAUCUCCUACACGGUUAGUACAAUCAGUUUCAUUGACGACAUUAUUGGACAAACAGUCAUCAAGAAAUACAGCAGUUUAGAAAGCGCGAUUGUUGAAGAUGUAAAAAUUCUGGGGAAUGAUAAUGGAACAGGUUUGCUUCAAAAAGCUUCCAUUAAAUUGAGAAUACAGAGAAAUCCUAUCAUUGGAGACAAGUUCGCAAGUCGCCAUGGACAGAAAGGGAUUUCUCAGGGGGGAAAGGGAUUUGGUCGCAAAAGACAGGGAGGUAUUCGGUUUGGAGAAAUGGAAAGGGACGCGUUGCUCGCACAUGGUACCUCUUACCUUUUACAAGAUCGGCUCAUGAACUGCUCAGAUAGGACAGUGGGUCAUGUAUGCACAAAAUGUGGUAGCAUUCUCUCCCCUCUCCUGGAAAAACCCGUCGACGAGCUUGCAGCUGCGGCCGCGUACCGGAAGAGGAAGUGGAUCUGUAAAGUUUGUGAAAGCAGCGUGCAUGUUCAGUUAUUGGCCUUUCCUUAUGUCUUCCGGUAUCUUGUGGCUGAGUUAGCGGGAAUGAAUAUUAAGACGUGUUUACAAGUUAAGAAAGUUGGCACGUGAAAGUUUUCAGUAUUUCAUACGUGUUACACCAAAGACCUAACUUUGGUUCUUAAUUCUCUAAUAUGGUGACCAGGUGACGGGAUGGACAGCCAAUUGACAGCAGUGCACACCUGUAAUGAACAGUCUUCUUUAGACCAAUGAACUGAAAUUUCUACCAAGUUUUGGAAAGAGUCGAAAUCUCACGUGAAGGGGCAUUAACCUCAAAUUUCUUUUAAGGAAAUGAAUAUGUAGUAAGACCGUAUAAGAUUUCUGUACCGGAAGU